AUGGACCUCUUCGAACAAUCAAGAGGAAGGCCAUCUCCAAAGCGAGGAAUCCAACUCCAAGGCCCUCGUCCCGCUCCUCUCAAGGUUAACAAAGACUCCCACAAGCUCAAAAAACCUUCUUUUCCUCCUCCCCCCACAGCUCCUUCCACCAUCCAACGCCGCCCUCCGGUCAUCAUCUACACCGUCUCACCAAAGAUAAUCCACACCAAACCCAGCGAGUUCAUGUCUCUCGUCCAGCGCCUCACCGGCUGCUCUGCCUCCAACGCUUCUGCCGCCACCGCUACCACCGGCAACCCCACUGACAAUAACAACCUAUCAGCAGAGCAAAACUCACCUGCCCAAAACAAGACUACAAAGGAUCAGGAUGACACAGAUGAGCUUCGCCGGCUUUUCAUCGGCGGAGGUUCGACGACGGGGAUUCAGCCAAUAUCGCCCAACUUCUUCUCUCCAUCAGUGGUGGAUAUAAAUCAGUUCAGCUUUUUCCAUGAGUUGAAUGUGCCGGCUUUGCAUGGGAAUAAAGGAAUGAUGGAUGGAGGCUUCAUAUCUAGUCCUGGUAAUUUCUCCUUUCAAUUGUAA